GCAGCCAUCAGCCAGUUGGAUGCCCCAGGAAAGGCCCCUGGUCUCCUUUGUGACCUCAGGAAAUCUCAUCUUCCCAGCAGGUCUCUGGGUGCUUAUGUCUCUGCUGGCAGCAACACAACGCUCUGAGCCCGUGCUGAGGGCCCGUUCCUGGCCCUGCUGACCUCACAGGGUUACCAGGAGGAUCGGAUGAGAACCUCGGCCCAGCACUAACCGCCCCCAUCAUGUCGUGGCCCCUGCUGCUGCUGGUGCUGCUGCUGCUGGUCAUGACCGGGGCCCAGACGACGCGGCCCUGCUUCCCGGGGUGCCAAUGUGAGGUGGAGACCUUUGGCCUCUUUGACAGCUUCAGCCUGACCCAGGUGGAUUGCAGCGGCCUCGGCCCCCACAUCAUGCCCGUGCCCAUCCCACUGGACACAGCCCACCUGGACCUGUCCUCCAACCGGCUGGAGGUGGUGAACGAGUCGGUGCUGGCCGGGCCAGGCUACACGACGCUGGCCGGGCUGGAUCUCAGCUACAACCUGCUGACCAGCAUUUCCCCGACUGCCUUCUCUCGCCUGCGCUACCUGGAGUCCCUGGACCUCAGCCAUAACGGCCUGGCAGCCCUGCCCGCCGAGAGCUUCGCCAGCUCGCCCCUGAGCGACUUGAACCUCAGUUACAACCGGCUCCGGGAGGUCUCCGUGUCUGCCUUCAGGACACACAGCCAGGGCCGGGCCUUGCACGUGGACCUUUCCCACAACCUCAUUCACCGCCUCGAGCCCUGCCCGCCACGAUCCAGCUUGCCCGCGCCUGCCAUCCAGAGCCUGAACCUGGCCUGGAACCGGCUCCGCACCGUGCCCGAUCUCCGAGACUUGCCCCUGAGCUACCUCAGCCUGGACGGGAACCCACUGGCUACCAUUGGCCCAGGUGCCUUCCCAGGCCUGGCCGACCUUACACACCUGUCACUGGGCAGCCUGCAAGGUCUCCCCCAGCUGGCGCCUUACGGGUUCCAAGAGCUGUCUGGCCUGCAGGUCCUGGACCUUUCGGGCAACCCCAAGCUCCAGUGGGCAGGAGCUGAGGUGUUCGCAGGCCUGGACUCCCUGCAGGAGCUGGACCUGUCGGGCACAGGCCUCGUGCUCCUGCCUGAGAUGCUGCUGCCCCACCUCCCAGCGCUGCAGCACCUCAGCGUGGGCCAAGACGUGCGGUGCCGGCGCCUGGUGCGGGAGGGUGCCUACCCCCGGCAGCCUGGCUCCAGCCCUAGGGUGGCCCUGCACUGCAUGGGGUCCACACCCAGGAACUCCGAAGCUUUGUGACGAGAGGUGUGGCCUGGGACCACGUAGCAGACUGCCGCCCUGUGCUUGCGUGGGCCCUGGGUAAUUUAUAUUGCCACAUGCCAGCAGGGGCUUUUCAGCCAGAUGGCUGCCUCACUGCAGGAUCUGGGGACUGAGGGAGAGGCUCUGGCCCCAGGGCCGACACCCUGGGGGCUAGUCUUGCCCCUUUGUCUCUGUGCCCCCGAGUCCCCCAACCCAUGAGCAGAGGGACUUCAAUGCCAAACCAGACCCUGGUCCCCUCCUGCUGCCCUUCCCCACGUGUCCCCAAAGUGCCUUCCCUCGGGCUUCGGCUGGCCCGACCUACGACUUACGACGAGAGGCUGAGAGGAGCCUGGGCAGAGAUUCAGUUCCAGGGGUAGAGCGCCCCCCGGGCCACAGCCCGACCCUCAGGGGUGUGAGUUUCUCUCAUGACACAGCUGCCCUCAUGGGUCUGGCCCAGGGGGCCCACGCCAGUGUUUCCUCCUUCCCUGAAACCCCCAAUAGAACCUUAGAGAAGGGCCUGGAGGGGAAAUCAAGUUCACCCUCGCUCGUCAAGUCAGAGCUGGGGAAACUGGCCCUUUGGGGGCAGAGUCAUGACUGCAAUCCAGUCUCCUGCCUCCCAGUUAGGGUCCUUUGCACUUUCUGUCUUCUCUGCCCGGCUUCCCCUGCCUGCACCUCCCCUGGCUGCCAGGAUCCACAUCCUAGUGUGUCUGCCCCUUCGUGCCAUCCUUAGGAGCAGCAGCAGGAGGACAGGCAAGGGCCUCAGGGGAGAGGGUCACUCUGGGCACACUGACCAGAUCUGGGCAGCGGGCUAAGCCAGUUCCUCCUCGAGGAUGGGGCCCCCCAGCAUCAAAACUGGAAAUGUGCCCACUGACCUUUAAGGUCCUCCUUCUAGAUGCUCCAUUGUGGAACUGGCGGCAUCUUGGAGCCCAGGUAGCCACUCAAACUCCCAGGGGACACCUGGCUUCAACCCCCAGGGCUCCCUGAGCGCCCCCUCUCCUGAGAACACAGCAGUAGGAAGCAGGGUGUCCACCACUCUCCGUAUGCCCAGCCCCAGGGUGGCAUCUCAGCUUCCCAGCCCUGGGCUCUGUCCCUUGUCUUCAUUUGAUAACAGUCCUUCAACCCUAACCCCAUUUGCCCCUACCCCUGCUGGCAGGGGACGGGAUGACCUGCCAUUUGUCAGAGAAGAACAAGUGGCAUGGGUUCCCUUGGUGACAGUGUGUGCUGGGGGAGUGGGCCUUCAGGCACAGAGGUGCUUCCAGCCUCCCCCAUCAGCCUCACUCAGUACCUGACUGGUCCUUGGUUUAAUAAACACUGUAAAGAGUU